GGGGCCCGGGCCCCACUGCGCCAGGCUUGGGGCACGGAGCAGAGACCCGGAGGAACUGGGGUCCUCGCAAAGGCUCGAGGGUUGGGAGUGAGGAACUUGGCACCGAAGCCUCCGAACUUGAGCCCAGGAGCCUUGAUUUAGAAAUGUCCUCGGUGCGGUGGGCGCUUCCGGAGGCCCCGGGCUGUGAGCAGCGGAGGAAUGUAAAUAGGCUGCACCGGGCCGCUUGGCCGAGUGGGCAUUUCCCCUCCGCCCCCCGCGCUCAGCUGGGAACAGGUCAGCCUGGCUGGGAAGGGAGAGGACGGAGGGGAAGGAGUUGCCUUUUGGGGCGCAGCCAGCGAGACAGGCGGUCCUGUUAGAAAGAGAAGCUCCAGAUCUUCAUGGAUGAAUUUAUUUCAAUAUGUGUGCCCGCUGCGGAACUGGGCCUGGGAGACGGCAGCGUGUGACAUGCCCACAGGCGCGGGGAGGGGGACGAACACACCGAGCAGAGAGAAAGAUGGGAGCCCGCGGAGCUCUGGCCCUGCUCCUGCUCUGCGCGGCUGCCGCGGGGGCCUCAGAGAACUCCAGCACGUCCCGGGGCUGCGGGCUGGACCUCCUCCCGCAGUACGUGUCCCUGUGCGACCUGGACUCCGUCUGGGGCAUCGUGGUGGAGGCGGCGGCCGGCGCUGGCGCCCUGAUCACGCUGCUGCUGAUGCUGAUCCUGCUGGUGCGGCUGCCCUUCAUCACGGAGCAGGAGAAGCGGGACCCCGUGGGUCUGCACUUCCUCUUCCUGCUGGGCACGCUGGGCCUGUUCGGGCUGACCUUCGCCUUCAUCAUCCGCGAGGACGAGGCGGUGUACUACUUCGACGCGCCGCCGCCCCGGGUGCGCGAGACGGCCUUCGAAGAGGAUGCACCGCUGCCGCGGACCUACCUGGAGAACAAGGCCUUCUCCAUGGACGAGCACAGCGCAGCUCUCCGGACAGCAGGGUUCCGCAACGGCAGUUUGGGAAGCAGACCCAGCGCUCCGUUUAGAAGCAAUGUGUACCAGCCGACCGAGAUGGCCGUGGUGCUGAACGGCGGGACUAUCCCAACCGCGCCACCAAGUUACAUGGGAAGACACCUCUGGUGAGAGACGCAGGCCGACCUCUGAGGGCUCAUCCGCUGUCUCUCUGGGAGGAGUCAGCCACUGCGGCCCCACAGGCACCUCCCGCCAGAGCUCUGGAAACCCUAGGCCAGGGCCCAUGAAAUGUGAGCAGUGCUGAACAGCGAGCUAAUCCAACUGCCCCCCCGAACCCCCGAACCCCGCAGCCUCGACCCCGCACACUGCAGCGAAGCUAAUUGCCAGUAGUGUUAGCUCCUCGCAAACAGGGCAGGAAGCCCGUCGCAUCCUCAGGUGGACCAGCCCCGUGCUCACGGCUGGGGGCCAAGCAGCUGUGGGUGAACGUGGAGGUGCCCCCAUGCCCCCGGCCUCCGGGAGGUGCUGUCCAUUGAGGGGCCUAUGGGGCUCUCUGCCUGCACUUUCGGGGUCAGGAGCAGUUCAGGAGGCUGUGGUGUGAGUCAAAGGAGAGGCCAGUCGGAUCGGGAGGCAAGCUGUCCCCCGGCCGCAAGGUGCUGUCAGUGCCAAAAGGGGUGCAGCCUGGGAGUGGGAGUGACCGUCACAGUCAGAAAGUGGCGAUCUGCCACAGCGCCUCCCCGGGGCCUCUGAACCAGUGUCCUGGCAGGAUGAGGCGCUACCUACCCCCCUUGUGUUGCCGCCCACCAGCGGCCUCGUGCCCGCUACCAUUCAUUUCAAAGGCUGAAGUGGGGCCACCAGCUUGAAGCUCGGGGUCGGCAGGCGGCGCGCAGGCGCCUCAGCAGAUUUCCCAGAUGAGGCACCAGUGCCUCCGGGUGGAGGGUGGCACUGCUGCCUGGCAUGUGGCGAGCUGGAUGCAGCAUCGAGCUUCCUGCUGCACGGGCGGGAGUGGUACAUCGCUAACUUGGUGCCUGCAAGGUCCAUGAAAAUGGUUCGAGUCCUCCAAGCCAUUGUCCUGCGUGGCUCCCACCUGUCCCCAGCAAGUCACUCCCGGUCCCUGCAUUCCACGGCUCAGCACCCAGCCCACACACGCUGCACUGUUUGGCCAGCACAGCCGCUAACAAUUCUCGGCGCGUCUCAACUGAGGGCAAGGGGUGCACAGGAGGCGGGGCCUGAACAGCCCCGACACCUGUAACCUUUUAGGAAAAUGGAAAAGGUUAGUGUUUGGUGAGGGGAACUGACCUCUUCAUAACCAAUGUAUCUGAGCUGAGUGUGUUUUAAUAAACCUGACUUUUCUCCAGGCCUAGUCUCUGCUGUCCCCCCUCCGCCUCCACCCAGCCCAGGCGUCUAUGUGGCCCUCCUCCCGGUUCCCUCUCUGGCCGGCACCUUCCUCACACCUGCCCAGCCCAGAGCCUGCCACUCCCAGGACCCGACCCCAGCCCUAUGACAGGAACAGCAGGGGCCGCUGGGAACCGACUGCGUUACACAUCCUUGUGCCAAGAAGUGGCCAUUCAGUCCCGGUCCCUGGACUCCUUCAGAGCCCCAACCCCACCUGGGACUCAGGACUUGGCUGCAGAGCCCGAAGGGGGUGUUCACACCGCCCUUCCCUGGGCGCAGGGGCCCAGCAUGCCAGGCGAGCUCGGGGCAGUGACUGCGGGCAUGUAACCUUUGACCCCACACGUGGAACAGCUUUGUGUCAAGGACUGAGAUCUUCUUCCUUCUUUUCUUUUUAAGCCUCUGAUAGUGACUGCUCUGCGUUUUGCUUUAUUUGGGCACUAAGAUGGGCGCGGCCGAGUGCGGCCCUGGGCGGAGGUGGGGGGAGAGUGCGAGGACUGCCGUUUCUUAGUGACAUCACUGGAAGGUACAGAGAGACAUCUGUGCCCAGGGACGCAGCCAACUGUCCCCACAGAGCAAAGUUCAAGUACCAAGUUAAGUGGUGCCUGUUUCUGUGAACAGCCUUGUUGGGGAAGAUGAUCUGAAGAGGCAUCGGUGGUCAAAAGACCUAAUCGUAAACACUCCUGUCCACGUUUGCUUACGAAACCACCGUGCACUCUCACAGCCACACGUGCCCCCUAAUGGAGAUGGUCCUUAGAGGCUGGUGUCUCCCCUGGAGAUAGAGGUGACAGGCACGCCGGGAAGCCAUGCACCCCAGGUCUCGGGUCUGUGGUUGGAAGCACGGACGUAGGGGUCUUCUAGGUCAGCCAAUGCCGAGUUGAACCCCAACUGAAGGGAGCUUAUGGCUUUCGUGGCCGGAGGAUGCAGUGACCCACCAGCUCACAGGAGUGCCCAGCGGGUGCUUUGUGUUAAUUGAUAAAGAGCUAUGGCUCAUUUUUGAUAGAUAAUAUGUAUUUAUUAAAUGUAUUAACGUGUGUUUUAUAAUGUACUUUCAUCCUCCGCUGGCUGACUAUCGCGUACUUAUGAGAAAAAAAAAUUAAAUAAAUUUCAAGACAAUCAAUAUGCACUAUACAUGACUGUAUAUAACUAUUACAAAGGUUGUAAUAGGUUGAAAAGGUUGUAAAGCAUUGGCAGAUGGAUUUUAUUUUCAACAUGCUAUUCUUAACACAGAAAUAAAGGCUUUACUAUUUA